CAAAUGUCAAUGUCAAAUUCUGAUAGUUAUCAUAUUUGUCAUUUGCAGGCCAAAAUAUCCAAAAAAUUGCCUGAAAAUAGUGAAAAUAUAAGCUAUAAUACAAGAAUUUCAGUAAUAUAUUUGGCCAUAUAGCUAAAAUAUAAUAACGAUUUCAGUCAAAAAUAUAAAAUAGCAUACGUUUUAGAAUAUAUGAAAAAUCAUCUCAUAACUUAACCUCUUAUUCCAUUCAUAUAUAUAUAAGUAUAUACAUUUUUAUUCACUUUAUAUAUACAACAAAUAUGUUUUGUCGAAAAAUAAUGAAUGUCAUCAAACUCCAGCAGUCUUUGAAGCCCAUGGCCAUGCAUAAACUCAGCAUGCCAGUAGUCCAGAAUCAACAUAGAUUUAAAAGCGAUCUAUAUGAGCCCGAUUAUUUAAUUAGCAUGGAACCAGAUGAGCCUGUCUAUGAUUGCUUGAACCUUCAGUUAAAAGGCUAUGACUUUGCACUGUUAGAAGCCUAUCAAAGUCAACUCCAUAAAUAUGCGGAGGUUAUGGGAAUUCAAGUUGAUGAAUGCUGGGCAACACCUGCACAGAAAAUUAAAGUACAAAGAUUUAAGCCGGGUGGCACUGCUGUUGAUGCAGAGUAUAAUCUUAACAUCUAUGAGAGGAAUGUACAGGUGACUGAUGUCCCAGCAUGGGCUCUGGGUACACUGUUGCGUGUAGCUCGUGCCUUGUUGCCUGAAGGCUGCACAUUGCGUGUGCAUGACCAUGAAAUUGCGCACGAAGAGAUCCGAUAUGUUCCUGACAAUCAACUCAUUGAACUUAAACAGCAGCUUCAGGACAUGGGCGGCAGCCGCGCCGAUAGAAAGAAGAGAAAAUAAAAAAAAUGUUAGUACUCUUAGAAAUAGUGUGUAUUUUAGCUAAUAUAGAAUAAAUGAUGUUGAUUUUAUAAGAA